CGGAAUCAGGACCAGGAUCAGAAUCAGGAUCUGCAGCAGACACCAGACCACCAGACAGUAAGAACUUUCUUCUCUCACUGACGUUUGACUUCGGUCCUCAGGUGUGUUCAUCUCCUCCCCUGAUAUCUGCAGGUAUGCAGUGUGUACGUUGUCCCGCCUUCUUCAUCCUCGUGGGGUUGGUUCUGUGCAAUCCGGUUUUCUCUCAGCCUGACAGAGAUCAGGACCAGUACCAGAACCAAGACCUGGACCUGGAGCUGCAUCAUCGCCGGCUGCUGCAAAAAGCUCGGAGUGCAGGACUCCUUACCCAGGAGUGGAGUAAACGUGCGGUGGAGGACCUGCUGGCCCAGAUGUCUCUGCCCGAGGCCGACGCCCAGAGGGAUGCUGAGAUGGUUUCCACGGCCACAGGAGGAAGGAUGAACCUGGAGCGGUCCAUCGAACCCCCAAACAACCUGCCCCCCCGCGAACGCAAAGCUGGGUGCAAGAACUUCUACUGGAAAGGCUUCACUUCCUGUUAAUGCCCCGCGCUUCUGUUUAAGCUCCGCCCAGGUACCUGACUGUCUGGCUAAGCCCCGCCCUAGUGAUUAACACACUGUUUCUCACCUGUUGUUAUUGUUAUUGUUGUUGUUGCUAGCUGAGACCACACCAAGCGACCAAUCGCA